AUGUUCAGUCUCCCAGACGUGCCCGGGAAAUUCCCAGUCGGAGCGACGACAUUCGCACUGCCAUUGAACGACCCACGGGUCGUCGGGAAGGCCAAACUAGCCAAGUCCAGCGGGAACACCCCGAAUGAACCCGCGCUACUCCUCGAGGAGGUUGUCUUCACUGCGUUCUACCCGGCCGACAUCCACAGUCCCAGUGCAGAUGGAACUCCCCCGGAGAAGCUAAAGAAGUCAUUGAACUGGGUCCCGAGACCGGUGCGAGCAACUCUACACGGCUAUGCACAUUUCGCCAAAGUGCCCUUAUGGUUCACGAAGCUGUUCGUAGGCGCGAUCGCUCCACGUCUCAAGCUCCCGGUAUAUCCAAAUACUGCCAUACUUGAUCCAGCUGAGGUUUUCUCCGACCCGGAGGCUCAAUGGCCUGUCGUAUUUCACUCCCAUGGGUUGAGUGGCGCACGUACGACGUAUAGGUGGCUCCAACCCGCCAGUAUUGAUCGUGACUGUCCGCUCAUUGAGUCCUCUUCUGGUAGCCAUAUUUGCGUCCGCAUCGCGUCUGAGGGCAACGUCGUGAUUGCUAUGGAACACAGGGAUGGGACGGCACCAGUAGUGACAUCGCACUUUGCUGCUGCACCCUCGACCGAUCCAAAGGGCAAGAAGAAGCCGAUACCAAAAGUCAAGUAUUAUCUCCACCCGGACGAUGUGAUAUAUGAGGACGGCGACGAACCGCCACAUUGGAAGUUCCGCGCCGACCAGCUGCACUUCCGUGAGCUCGAGAUCUACCUCGCAUAUCGCGGGUUAGCAGACUUGGUCAACUCACAUCCGAGAGCUGACGCCGAGAAGCUGGCCUUCGGCGGAACAUAUUACGUUCAAGGCUAUUCUGCCGUUGAGCUUCCUAGGCACGGGCCGUUUUGGAAGAGCUGGACCGCUGGGCGCGUCAAGCUACGAGAGAAGAUCUGCAUCAUGGGCCACUCCUUUGGUGGCUCGCUUGUACUAUCAGUCCUCUCCAAUCCACCUCCAAUCCUCCCAGGGACUGACCGUGAAGAGCGCCUUGAGCCGCUGCCGCUCACGCACGCACUCGUACUCGACCCCUGGCUUGAACCGCUGCCUACACCAGGUCCCGCCCCGCGGGUGGAGGCGACGCGCGACUCGAGAGCUCCCCAGGUGCUCAUCAUCAACUCGGAGGAGUUCACGCUCUGGCGAGACCACUUCGCGCGCCUGCAGAAGGUAGUGCAUGAGUGGCGACAGCCAAACUCUCUCUCCAGCUCAGGUGACGUUUCCGGUGUGCAUAGACCAUCUAGUUCGGACUCAGGAUCCCAUGGAUCUCAUGGCAGACUCGCGGAAACGCAGGAUGCCGUUGCCCAAGGGGAUGACAUGCCUCCUGCGAAGCUCGUCACGCUCAUCCGCGCAAAGCAUGUCUCCUUCUCGGACUUCAGUGUCAUCUGGCCGAUCGGGAACAUUGCGCCCAGUGGGCGAAUAUUGCUCCGGAUGGUUGGGGACCUCGCGCUGGCAUUCUUCAAUGAUGACCUGGGUGCGACGCUAGACCAGCUGCCGAAAAGGGAGAUGGAGGAAGAACGUAGAGGCUCUGUGAAGAGUACCCCGCCAGGGCGGAGGAAGCGCAGGCUGAAGGGGAGUGCCGGUGAGAUUAUUGUCCAUUGA